UAGAGCGGCGCAGAGCGGCGGGAGGUUUGAACGGCGGCGGGUCCGGGGGGGGUUCGGGAGUGACGUCACGGCGGUGAACAGGGGGGAAGCACACCCGGGAAGGGCGAGGGGGGGGUCUCACCGGCUGCCUGGACCUGCCCUGACCUCCCUCCCCGGUUUCCCCGGGUCCUCUCCAGCGUCUCCCUGACUCCCGGACCCCGCACCGAGCCCGCGGUGGGUGUGGCCUCGCCAUGCCCCGCCCCAAGCCCACCCCCCGGCGGCGUCGCCCCCCUCCAGCCCCGCCAUCGCCCCCCCCGCGCCGGCGGGUACGGAGGUUCCGCCCGGGCCAGCGGGCACUGCAGGAAAUCCGCCGCUACCAGAGCAGCACCCGCCUGCUGCUGCGGCCUCUGCCCUUCUCACGGCUGGUGCGGGAGCUGUGCCUGCUUUUCACCCGGGGGGUCGAUUAUCGCUGGCAGCGCCUGGCCCUGCUGGCCCUGCAGGAGGCAGCAGAGGCCUUCAUCGUGAGACUGCUGGAAGAUGCGUACCUGUGCUCGCUGCACGCCCGCAGGGUCACCCUGUUCCCCAAGGACCUGCAGCUGGUUCGGCGCCUGCGAGGGCCCGAGUGGGGGGGCAUCUGAAUGGGGACCCCCACCCUGCACUGGUACCCACCCCUCAGCACCGCCAGCCUGGGGGGGGAGAGCCUCACACCGCUGAUCUUACUGGGGGCUCCUAUGGGACCAUUGUGCUGAGACACUGUCCCACCCCAUGGGGGCCUCCCACACUGGGAUCCCCCUGAGUAUACCCCCAGGACCCACCCCCAGGGGAUCUUGCAGCCCAGAGCCCCCUCUCCAAGGGUCGUCCCCAUGGGACAUGACACCCCAAUCCUGACACCCCAGUCUUGUUUGGUAUCCCCCGCACAGACCCCUCACCCUGGGACCCCUCCCCAGCCCCCCCAUGGGACCCCCACCCCGGGAACCCAAACAACCCUCCCAGGGUCCCAGCCCAGGGUGGGGUCCCCUUCUUGACUCUAGCAUCCCUCAGAUUAUUGGAGACCCCUGUCCAUGACCCCCCACUUUGGGAAUCCCUCCAGGUCUGCUACACCCCAAUAAAUGUCUGUGACCCUC